AUGGCGGUGCUUGCUACAUCUUCGUGGCGUUGGGUAGCUGCUGCUGCUGCUUUGGAAAAACAUUAUUCAGUGAUUCUGAUCAGGCCUUUCGUCUCUGUCCACGGGCCACUUCUGCAAUGGAGGUCGCGUCAGCUUGGCGCUUUGGGAACCAUAAGAAUCUACCAGGCUCUCCAGGCAUGGCCACUGAUAGAGAAAAGAACAUGUUGGCAUGGUCAUGCAGGAGGAGGACUUCACACAGAUCCAAAAGAAGGGCUAAAAGAUGUUGAUACUAGGAAAAUCAUAAAAGCAAUGCUUUCUUACGUGUGGCCCAAGGACAGGCCAGAUCUACGAGCUAGAGUUGCCAUUUCUUUGGGAUUUUUGGGUGGUGCAAAGGCUAUGAAUAUUGUGGUUCCCUUCAUGUUUAAAUAUGCUGUAGACAGUCUCAACCAGAUGUCGGGAAAUAUGCUGAACCUUAGUGAAGCACCAAAUACAGUGGCAACCAUGGCAACAGCAGUUUUAAUUGGCUAUGGUGUGUCAAGAGCUGGAGCUGCUUUUUUCAAUGAAGUUCGAAAUGCAGUAUUUGGCAAAGUAGCCCAAAAUUCAAUUCGAAGAAUAGCCAAAAAUGUCUUUCUCCAUCUUCACAGCCUAGAUUUGGGUUUUCACUUGAGCAGACAGACAGGAGCUUUAUCUAAGGCAAUUGACAGAGGAACAAGGGGUAUCAGUUUUGUCCUGAGUGCGCUAGUAUUUAAUCUUCUUCCCAUCAUGUUUGAGGUGACUCUUGUCAGCAGUGUUUUGUAUUAUAAAUGUGGCACCCAAUUUGCAAUGGUAACCCUUGGAACACUUGGUGCUUACACAGCAUUCACAGUUGCGAUCACUCGGUGGAGAACUAAAUUUAGAAUUGAAAUGAACAAAGCGGAUAAUGAUGCAGGAAACGCUGCCAUAGACUCAUUACUAAAUUAUGAAACUGUGAAGUAUUUUAAUAAUGAAAAAUAUGAAGCUCAGAGAUAUGAUGGAUUUUUGAAGACCUAUGAAACUGCUUCAUUGAAAAGUACCUCUACUCUGGCUAUGCUGAACUUUGGUCAAAGUGCGAUUUUCAGUGUUGGUUUAACAGCUAUAAUGGUGCUCGCCAGUCAGGGAAUUGUGGCAGGUACCCUUACUGUUGGAGAUCUAGUAAUGGUGAAUGGACUACUUUUUCAGCUAUCACUACCCCUUAACUUUCUGGGAACUGUAUAUAGAGAGACUAGACAAGCACUCAUAGAUAUGAACACCUUGUUUACUCUACUCAAGAUAGAUACCCGAAUUAAAGACAAAGUGAUGGCACCUCCUCUUCAGAUCACAUCACAAACAGCUACUGUGGCUUUUGAUAAUGUGCAUUUUGAAUACGUUGAAGGGCAGAAAGUUCUCAGUGGAAUAUCUUUUGAAGUCCCUGCAGGAAAGAAAGUGGCUAUUGUAGGAGGGAGUGGGUCAGGGAAAAGCACAAUAGUGAGACUGUUAUUUCGCUUCUAUGAUCCUCAAAAGGGUACCAUUUACCUUGGCGGUCAAAAUAUACAAGAUGUGAGUUUGGAAAGCCUUCGGAAGGCAGUAGGAGUCGUACCUCAGGAUGCUGUCCUCUUCCAUAAUACAAUUUAUUACAACCUCUUAUAUGGGAAUAUCACAGCUUCACGUAAGGAAGUGUAUUCAGUGGCAAAAUUAGCUGGACUCCAUGAUGCAAUUCUUCGAAUGCCACAUGGAUAUGACACUCAAGUAGGAGAACGAGGUCUCAAGCUUUCAGGAGGAGAAAAGCAAAGAGUAGCAAUUGCAAGAGCCAUUUUGAAGGACCCUCCUGUCAUUCUCUAUGAUGAAGCCACUUCCUCAUUAGAUUCAAUUACCGAAGAGAUGAUUCUUGGUGCCAUGAAGGAUGUAGUCAAACACAGAACUUCUAUAUUCAUUGCACAUAGAUUGUCGACAGUCAUUGAUGCAGAUGAAAUCAUUGUCCUGGACCAGGGUAAGAUAGCUGAACGUGGUACCCAUCACAGCUUGCUUGCUAAAUCUGGCAGUAUUUAUUCAGAUAUGUGGCAUACACAAAGCAGUUAUGUACAGAACCACAGUAACUUCAGAUGGAAUGCAAAAAAAGAAAAUAUGUCCAAGGAGGAGGAAAGGAAGAAACUGCAGGAAGAAAUUGUCAACAGUGUGAAAGGUUGUGGAAACUGUUCCUGCUAAGUCACAUGAAACAGAUUUUCUUUUCUUUUCCUUUUUGUUAAUUCAUUGCAUUGAAGACAAAUUAUUUUA